AUGAUAGAUUUAGAUGAUGGUGGUCGAAUAAAAAAUGUGUUUUGGGCAAAUUCUAGAAGCAGAGCAUUAUAUCAAGAAUUUGGUGAUGUUGUUACAUUUGACACUACAUACUUAACAAAUAAAUAUGAUUUGCCAUUUGCACCUUUCGUAGGAGUAAAUCAUCAUGGACACUCAAUCUUUUUGGGUUGUAGGUUGUUAUCAAAUGAGGAUACUAGUACAUUUAUUUUGUUGUUCAAAAUAUGGCUUGUUUGUAUGAAUGAAUGUGCACCUGCUGCUAUAAUCACAGACCAAGCUACAACAAUGAAAAAAGCUAUAGAAGUUGUAUUUCCCAAAUCUCGACAUCGAUGGUGUUUAUGGCUCAUGUUGAAAAAGGUACCUGAAAAGUUAAGGGGAUACAAUGCAUAUGAACAAAAAAAGAAUGUCUUGAAAAAUGUGAUUUAUGAUUCUUUAACAAUAGAAGAUUUUGAAGAAAAAUGGGGACAGUUUCUCAAAGAGUUCAAUCUUUCAGAAAAUGUGUGGUUGAUUAGUUUAUUUAAGGAGAGACAUUGUUGGGUUCUAGCAUUUGUAAACGACAUUUUUUGGGCUAGUAUGUCAACUACUCAGUGUAGUGAAAGUAUGAAUUCAUUUUUUGAUGAUUAUGUACAUUCGAAGACAUCAUUGAAGCAAUUUGUUGAACAAUAUGAUCUUGCUUUAAGAAACAAGGUUGAGAAAGAAAACCCUGCAGAUUUUCAAUCUUUUAGUACAUGGAUCCCUUGUGUAACACAUUUUGAGACAGAGAAACAAUUCCAAGUGAUUUAUACUCAUUCCAAGUUUAACGAAUUGCAACAAGAGCUAACUGGAAAGUUGUAUUGCAAUGUUUCUUGUAAUGGUGAGAAUGAUGGAGUUUUUGAUGUAAUUGAGACUUUAUUUGUUGGAGAUAAGCAAAAGGAAGUGAGUUUUAAAGUUCAGUUCAAUAAAGAGAAAUGUGAGGGGAAAGAAUGUGAUAAUCAAGAAAGUAAUGCAAUUCAUAGUCCUGUGGUUGUACGAAGAAAUGAGCGACCACCAGAAAAGCGUAAAGCACCAAGGAUUAAGAAACUUGUUUCUAUGAAGAGAAAAUGGCAAGAUAAGAACUCAAAGAAAUAG